AUGGCCUUACAAUUAACAUCUUCAAGUGAUAGCGAUAGUGAUCUGGAAGUUUUAGGAUUAUUAUCAGAUUCGGAAACUUAUUUGCCUGUGCAGAACUUAAAAUUUCCUCGGGUUCUUGGUGCUAUUGACUGUACUCAUAUUCGCAUACAAUGUCCAUGUCUAACUAUAGGAGAGGAAUUUAGAAAUAGGAAAAACUAUUUUUCAUUGAAUGUCCAAGCAGUUUGUGAUGCAGAUUUGAGACUAAUGAAUGUGGUUGCUCGUUGGCCUGGCUCAACACAUGAUGCCACCAUUUUUAAUAACUCUGUCUUGAGAGCCCAAUGUGAUUCAGGAGCAUUUGGUAAUAGAUGGUUGCUUGGUGAUAGUGCAUAUCCUAAUAGAAACUAUUUAUUGACACCAAUAUUAAGUCCCGUUUCUGAUCAUGAACAGAGAUACAAUUAUGCUCAAAUAAAAACCAGAAAUACCAUUGAAAGGACUUUUGGAGUGUGGAAGCGCCGCAUCCCUGUAAUAGCCCUAACCCUGCGAUUAUCGCUUCGAACUGUCCAAGCUGUCAUUAUUGCUUCAGCAGUUCUCCACAAUAUCUGUAGAAGUUAUAAUCUGGCAGAAGUUUCUCCAGAAGUUGAGUUGCCACCCACUGAUAUUGCAGAUAUCAAUGAAGGACCCCAAAAUGCAGGAGUACAUGAUAUCAGACAGCGAACUGAUUUAGUUAAUAAUUACUUUAGAAAUUAG